AUGGGCAUGAUCAAUGCCAGCGACAGCUCACCCAUCUACAUUGGCUCCGACUACAACACCGUGAUCGGAUCGACCCAAGCAGCAGGCAGACCUAGCGUCCGAAUUUCCACGCAAAGAUCAUGGACCCAUGGAUUGUUUAUCGGAGAUUUCAAUCAUGCCCCAGGAGGAGUUUGUGGAAGCUGGCCAGCAUUUUGGACAUUGGGACCAAACUGGCCUUACAACGGGGAAAUCGACAUCAUGGAAGGGGCAAACCUGGUCAACUACAAUGCUGCGACAUUGCAUACGAACCCCAACUGCACGAUUGCUGGUGACAGCAGAACCAUGACAGGCCAACUGAACAACAACAACUGCGCUUACUAUCCUGGCUACAACGUCGGCUGCGGGAUACGCGACACUCGAUCAACCAGCUAUGGUGCAGGCUUCAACGCAAUUGGCGGUGGUAUUUACGCGAUGCAAUGGACCUCCGACUACAUCAGUGUAUGGUUUUUCCCGAAAGGCUCGAUCCCAAGCGAUAUCACCAACAAGGCUCCCAAUCCUUCCUCUUGGGGUCUCCCAAUGGCAAAUAUGCAAGGCUCGUGUGUCAUCGACCAGCAUUUUCAGGCCCACAAGGUCAUCUUGAACAAUGCAUUUUGCGGAGAAUAUGCAGGAGCGACCAGUGUGUGGAACUCGACGACAAACUCUUGCGCCACGUACACGGGAUAUUCCACUUGCAACGCAUAUGUGGCGGCUCAGCCUGCGGCUUUCCAGCAAUCUUAUUGGAGCAUAAAUUCGAUUCGCGUAUAUCAGCUGGUCGAUCCCAGUGCCAAUGCAAGCUCUACAAGCACUGCAUACAUUGCAAGUCAUCAACCCACUCAAUCAAGCACGUCAACGAUUUCGCCCCAGACUCCGGUACCGACAACAAGCCUAUGCCCCACGUACAACUUCACCGUCGUCCAAUCCAGCAAUUUCAAAUACGAAAUUGAAUGUGGAGUCAAUAUCGGCGGAUCCGAUAUUGGUCGACCAUAUCCCAGCUAUCAAGUCACCUCGUUUGAAGACUGCGUGGCUGGAUGUAGCUAUUGGAAUACUUAUAACAGUACCAACAUUUGCGGCGGCGUUACAUACCAAGUCAGCAACAAAGCAUGCUACUGGAAGCGAAACAUUGGAAGCACUCCGGCUGAUCCCAGUUUCAACAGCGCCAGGCUCAUCUACUAUGCCUAUCCACAGGUGACUGACGAUCCCCGACAGCAAACAUCAAGCAGCAGCAGCACAUCAUAUGUUGCGACUUCGGUCACGCCCCAAUAUUACGUCGCCCCAGGAGCUGCGACGUCGACAUCAUUCUCGCUGAUCUCAGAGACACCAACGUCGAGCUUUACGGACGGUGUUCCCCUGGGUGGGAGCACGACCGAUGAUACUUCACCCACCAUGUCGAUUGUUUCGACAACAAUAAACGCCAGCCUCAUUGCCCGAAUCAUCGACUUCAAGCCUGCCGAUGGUGCCAUCCACGAAUUUGCCGCCUUCUUCUUCUUCUGUGGCAGCAACAUCGACAAGAACUACUGCGGCGACAUCAACAAGUGGACAGCUUUCCCCUUCGAGCUCAGUAUUGUCAAGCUCGUCAUCUCUUUCUUCAAGGCAAACCACGGUCGUUAG